AUGAGAAUUGUGAAAAUGGAAUCUACUGUACAAGAAGAAAACAGAAUCAGUCAGUCUGUCCAGCAGCUCAGUGAUGCUCACUGUCCAUGUGCUCCAGGUUAUAAGACUUUAGAGGAUGGGAGGAGACACUGUGUUAGACAAGUAUAUGACAUUUGUAGAGAUUCAACUUCCCGAAACCAGGAGGGACAGUGCUUGACUAAGAAAGAAUGGAUGCAUUACUGUACAAAUAAGGUUUGUACCCAUCCUGAAGACUAUCAAGGCUAUGACAAGGUUCUUGGCCUCUGUGUUUGUCGAGCAGACAAUCUGAAUAGUGUGUGUAACUCUCAGUGUAGAAGACAACAAAGAGACAUUCUGCAGUUUGUCUGUAAAGGGAAAAAUGCUCAGCUUUCUCUCACUUACAGAAAUGAGAGCCAGAUUGCCAUUUUCUUGGAACAAUUAAAGGCAGUUCUACAAGUGCUGCAUUCCCCUGCUAAGAACCCCUGCCCUACCGAGCACAGCAUCUCUUCCUAUCCUGUAUACAUGGUGAAAACAAGCGGAAAAGGGUUUUUGGGUGUGUACAAUCCUGAUCCUGAACUGCUGUACAAUCUCAUUGUGCCAAACAAAAUUUCAUCUUCUGACAACAGUGUACCAUUGUCAGCAGCAGCUCCAGGCAUCUUAAAUCCCACUACAUGCAUCAAUAGUAAUGUUACCAUCAUCUUCAUUGUUUCCAAAGAACAUUAUCCAGUGUAUGACGUAAACAACUUGUACAACACAAAUAAUGAAUUUGACUGGGGAGGAUUCCGUAGACUGGCAGAGGAAAUCAAACUGGCCUCCACCAACAUCCUCCUCUUCCUGUACCAAUUCGAACAUCCUGGCACCUGUGUCCUUAGGCUCAGUAGUAACCAGCACAAAAAAAUGAUUCUUUGUCAAGACUUGGGUUGGUCCAAAGAAGGAAAUACCUGCCCUCUAUUUCGAAGGCUGCAGCUGAAAUAUAAUCUUGACAAAUAUUCCUCCAAAGGAUCCACAGUGAUUUCAAUUAAAAAAUGUCAUCCCAGGCUGAAGAAUAAAGGCAGCUUGGAUAAAAACUAUGGAAACUCUGAUGAGCCAGAAGAAACAGGUGAAAUCUGGGAGUCUGGAGAACAGAUAAACCUGGAUUCAUUCAAUACCAAUGUCUUCUUUGAAAUUCUGCUCACACAGUCACUGUCAGUUACAGCCAAACUGAGCCAAUUUAAAGAAGAGCUGAAAAUCUUGUAUCACAAACUUAUGACCGAAAUAGCUUCACUCAGAGAGCUUUGGAUAAUGAGGCUGUGUAUCUCAGAGAAGGCAGAAUCUCAUGACAGCAUAACGAUGGAGAACUAUAUGAAGGCAAAAUAUCAGGCAGAAGAGGAGAUGCUACACAGAAAGCAGCUGGCUGCUGAAUAUGAUGAGAUUGUGAAUAAACAACUUCACUUAUUACACCAUGAUUUGAAAUGCCAAGAAGAGCAUUGUGUCUUGUUCAAGUCUGCCCUGAGAGAGGCAGGGAGAUUGGUGGAAGUACUGACGGAGAAGAUGGCUUGUGGAGGGAACAGAGCCAUGUGGUCUAAACCAGACUACCAAUGGUUGUUAUCCCAGAUAGAUGCUGCAAGCAACAGAAUGUCAAGUGCAGUAAUAAAGGAGAGUCACAGACUCAAGGCAUGGGGUGUGCUGGGAGAUGGAACAGGAGCUCACCUCAUUAACAAAGAUAAAACCAGGCUCCUCACCAAGGAGGAGCUACUGGACUCGGAUGGCUGUGUGAGGGCACCUAACACCAUCUACAUGGAUCCUAUAACUGGACUCUUAACUCCCAACCCAGACUGUGUCACGCUGUUGGUCAAUCACUGCCCCAUGCCCGUGUCUAGGGAUCAGUUCCUACACCCUGAAACUGGAAAAGUGCUCCCCGUGGCUGGUAAUGUUGGAUAUGAUCCAGUCAGCUCUAAACUGAUCUCUGCUGUUGACUCUGCUUCAGGUGAGCUUUGUAAGUCUGAAGUACCCAUAUUCCCCUAUGUUCCGUAUCCUAUCUCUCCAAGGACUGGCUUACCAGUGAAGACUAAACUUCCUAGCUUACAACCUGACAGAGUGUUUAAACUGGGAGGACUCAUGCUAGAUCCAGCUACAGAAAUAGAAGUCCCAGUGCUAGGAGUUACAAUCCAUCCCCAAACAGGACAAAAACUGUCUUUGGGUGGGACGUACAUGAAUCCCCUUACAGGAACAGUGACGCCUCUUGAAAUUGGAGGACCUAUGAUUGAACCAGAGGGAGGAAAGAUUGUCCCAAUACUUGGAGUCAGUUUGGAUAAUAACACAGGAGAUUUGGUCCCAGUUGGGGGGCUGAUGGGACCCUUGGGAAGCCUAUUGCUUCUUGGAGAUUCCUUCUCUGAACCUCUGAGUAGGAAGACUGCUCGGAUACAUGGAGCUUGCCUUAAACAAGAUAAAGUGCUGCCCCAUGCAGGAGGGUACCAGGCGCUGUUGGAAGCUAACACUCUUGUCACCCAGAUCCAUGUGAUUAAAGCCCUGAGGCAGUAUAAAGAUUCAAUUUGUGAAGAUAUGGCCUCAGCAGCAGACAAGCAGGAAGUCUUCAAGGCUGCAGUAGAAGACAUGAAAAAGUCAUUGUCAAUUAGGCUCCAUCAUGCAAUUCAUCGGCUGCGAAGUUUGGAGAAACAACACGAAAUAGCUUCAAGCCUCAAAAGUAAUGGUGGUAAACUGGGUCUUGUCCCUAUCACAGUUGGUGUCAGAACCAUAGAUCCUAUUACAGGUGAAAUUGGCCCAGUCAUAGGCGCUCAAACUGAUCCUUGGACAAACAUUGUAAUUCCUAUUGUUCAGUCCCUAGGAGCUUUACCAAGAGGAGCAGCAGACCCAGAUCUGCUGAGCGUUCUGGAAAAGGAGAUAAAUUCAAGACAAAUGUACUGGCACCGCCAAAGAGAAAGGGAAGAAGAGCUUCUUAAAGAGCUAAACUUUGUAUUUCUUGAUGUCCUUGAUGCUGUAAAGGAAGGAAAGGCACAGAAGAUAAGGUACAAGGAUAAAUUAAAAGACCUAGAGGAAACCUGUCACUUCCUUGAGGAAUCCUCUCUUCAGGAAGGUCGAAGAAGAACUGCCAAGGAUCUGAGCAGCCUACUGGGCUCUGAACUAUCUUUGUUAUCUAAAGCUGAGAGAGAUGAAAAAGAGCAAGAAGUACGAGUUAUAUUGGUGAUCAGGAAAGCGCUGGAAAAAAUGGUUCAAUUUAUUCAAAAGAUGCAGCUCGAGGAAGGCCGAUUACAAAGGCAGAUGAAGGAGAAGGCAUGGCAAAGUAGCAAGAACUUUAACACAGAGACAGUACCCAGAUUCAAGCCCAGAAAGGUCGUACUACAUCAUGUUGCUGAAUUUCAGGAACAUAUAAUGAAACAACAGGUCAGUGUGGAGUCUGCAUACAGCAGACUGGAAUAUCUCAGGGACUUGUUGGACAUCCAGGCUCUGCAGGCAAAGGCUCUUCUCUUUGGGACAUCACAAUGCUUUGAAAACUACCAAGGGACCAGAUUUUAUGGUAUUGCUGGUGUUCCCCACAGCACAUGGGCAGUCAUCCAUCAAAAACUGAUUCCAUUGUUGAAGUCUCUGGUUCAGACACUGGAGGAAAACACAAGGAGUGACAGGUCACUUGAGACACUAAUUCUUCAAUCAGGAUACUCCUCAAGAAGCACCUUAAAGGCAUCUACAGAUCAGUCUGAGGCAUUCAGGACUGCAGCAAGCCAGGAAAUUGCUCCGGCUGCCACUCUAUCACCUGUGCUGCCCUCUUUUUUCUUACCAGGGGGAUCCCAUAUACAGGAAGAAAUCCUGACAAGGUUUUUUUUAGAAAAGCACGCCAGUGAAUUGGUGCAUUUAGAGCUAUCCUUAAUGACGGAAGAAAUAAACAUGAUCUGCUACUUUUAUGAAUCAGCCAAAACUAAGGAAAAGGAAGAAUGUAAAGAAAAUUGGGGGAUGAAGAGCCAUAAAGAAAUGGAUGUAGCCAACGACUGGGAUACAUUUCUGAAGGAGUUAGCUGAAUGCCACCAGCGUGCUGAACAAGCUCUCUAUCAGAAGCAUUGGGAAGAAAUCAAGCAAUCAGGGCUCAGCCGGGAUCUAGUAACACCCAAAGACCACUUACAUUCUCUAGAUGAAAUUCUACAUCAUUUAUCACUGCUUGGUGCUGAUUUGCAAAUGACAGAUUCCCACAUCAGAUAUGAUGUCACUAAAAAACAAGAUAGGCAGACGUGUCCAGAACGUGUGUUAAGGAUUCUGAACACUUUACACUACAGAGCUACCGGAGAAACUGUGGCCCAAGAGGUGGCCCAGAUUACUGAGGAGCAGCAAGUGGAGAGAGCUGUGGCUUUUCUCCAGAAACACCACAAAGAAGGGGACUUACUUAUUGGUUUGAAGGAAGAGUCAGAGACUGAACUGAGGAGUAUGCAGACACAGUUCAGAAUGGAGCUUCAAACCCAAACAGAAGAAAAGGUGCAAGCCAAGGAAAUGCAAGUGAUUCAGGAGGCUGAAAGACAGGCGUUACCAAAUCACAUUGAGCAUGUGGCAUAUUUUAUCCUAUCUCAGAGACACUUGCGGCAAACAGUAAUAGUGCUGCAAGACAGCUACAGAUUCCAAAAGGCAGACUUGUGGACACAGACUGAAGAAAGAAACCUGUGCGAGCUUGUCAUAGAUGGGGAUGAUGGUAUGAUGGGCAUCUUACAUCUAUUGAAAGAUAACAUGGAGUACAGGCUUUCAGGGCUGGAGCUGAAACAAGCUGCCAGAUUAUUACAACUCAGAGAGAAACAGUUUUUGGAAAUAACCAAAUGCCUGAAAGACUACUCUUUGGACAAGCCUGUGGAUGAAGCUGGCUUCACAGCCAACGAUCUACAGGAAUUCAGAAAGCAGACAAUAAGGGGACUGAAAGAACAGCUCAAAAUCUUCAUAGGUGAUAAAAGAACUAAGGAGAAUAUUUCAAGCAAUCUUGAUCCACUACAGAAAAUGAUGAACCAACACAAUGAAACUGUGGCCUUCCUGCAAAAGGCUUUUCACCAAGACCUGGAGAAACUGAGAAGGAGGCUAGAGCCAGCAGAGAAGAAAAAAGAGAAACCACAAGAAAACAGUCGUGUGUCAUCUGCAGCUGCAUCCUCAUCAGCCAAAGAGAAACCCAGCCAGGCAGAAGACCCGGUUCUAUCUCUCUUGGCAGAGAAUGUCAAGAUACUGAAGCAAACUGAACAAUUGUUGGUAUCAAGGAUUAUUCUCCUGAAUCCUCAGUUCAGGUCACCUCUUCUGUGUGAUGAUGAUAAAGCCAAAUAUAUGAAAUCUUCUCCACUUCUUACUCUUCUGAAAGAUGUGAAUGACCAGCUCCAAGUUCAUGCGAUGGCAUUUGGGCUUCUGGAAAGCCAUCUGCAGGAAAAAGACACAGGAAGUCCUUUUCAGGAUAUAUUGGAUGCUUUGAUGACUCAUAAAGGUGAACUAAUACCAGUUCAUCCUCCAACACUUUCUGCAAGGGAGUUUGUAAUAUACCAAUAUGGCAUCUCCAUUCUUCAGUUUCUCAGGCCUCAUAUCAAUGCUCCAGAAAUUAACCUGUGUGUUGCCUCCAGCAUACCUCUCAGUAACACCACAGGCAAUGCCUUCCAAAACUCUUUCUUUUAUCAGAUUUCAGAGAAAAAAUUAUUCAUUUUAAGAGAGUAUCUGGGUUGUGUGGGCAGCUUCAUUCUGCUGCUGGUGCACUGUCUGGCUCACAUCACUGCUGCUGACCUCAGCCAUGACUCUAGCCCCACCUUUCAGAGACUGUUUUAUCAGGCACUAAAGGCCUGUCUCAGUGAAAUGUUCUUCCUUAGACUCCGGAUGUCAGCAGUUCUCCAGGACAAUAAAUCCUCUGUGAAGAUAAGUGAGAUCCUGUUGAAGGGAGAACCAUUCUCUGAGGAGAAAUUAAAUCUCAUCUCUCAGCUUUUAGAUGCAAAAGUAAAAUCCACUAGAGAGAUAGAGGUGUCCGAUGAGAGGAAUAGGAACCUCUUACUCCAUACAAAUCUUGAGGACCUGCUGAAGAAUAAACUAUCUGUAAAGAAGAAAGAGUGUUUUACCCACACCUCAGCUGGCAGGAAAGAGAACAGCUUUGGUGCGAGGACAAGGCCAGAAGAGGAAAGCUGCUCUUACUUCAGCCUUUCAGAAAUGGAAGAUCAAUUGGAUACAUUAACUGAGGAGCUGGUGAAAGUCAUAGAGGAAGAACAUUUUUUAAUGUAUGCAGCCAGUGAAGAUUUGCUCUUUGGUUUGAAGAAAGACUGUUUGGUAAAGCAAAUUGAAAUAUUAGAAGGGAAAAUAGUAAAAGGCAGAGAGGUGUUUAAUUAAUAUUAACAACAGCAAAGAAAAAUAUUGGUGACUUUCUUCCAGUUUGGGUGUCUGCACUCACCUUCAGACUUCACACACACACACACACACAGACACAGUUUAUUCCAAGACAGGUACAUGUUUUUCAAACUCACUCAUUAAAUCUGAUUUUAAAGCAUUUAUGGUAACUUAAAAAACUGACAGGGCCUAAGGCUAGUCGACUCCCUGAUUUCUUCUGAAAUAUCCAUUAUCACUAAUAAGCAGUCAAGAUAUUUUGAUUAUUGUCAUUGCACAAGCACAUGAAAUCUCAGUUAACUAUCAACUAGCAAAGGAAUGCAGGUGGUAUUUUAGAAAUAAACUCCCAUCUGAUCUGUU